UGGGCGGAGUUCGGCGGCGCAACCUCCCCCCCGGGUUCCGUCCCCCUCUCCCCGGGAUUCGAGCCUGAGAGGCAGAGGCGAGCCGGCGGCGACCGUCCGCGGCAAGGCCUGGGCUCAGAGCGUCCUGACAUCCCGCCGCCGCGAGGAGUGAUAUCCUAAGAGAAGAUGGGAAAGGGCUGUAAGGUUGUGGUUUGUGGCUUGUUAUCUGUGGGGAAAACGGCAAUUUUGGAGCAGCUCCUUUAUGGGAAUCAUACUAUUGUUGAAAUAUGUGAAGAAAAUGUGGCCUCACACAAAUAUGUGGUUGAAAAAGGAAUGGAGGACUGUGAAACAAUGGAAGAUGUGUAUAUGGCUUCAGUGGAAACAGAUCGGGGAGUCAAGGAACAGUUACAUCUUUAUGACACCAGAGGCCUACAGGAAGGCGUGGAGCUGCCAAAGCAUUAUUUUUCAUUUGCUGAUGGCUUUGUUCUUGUGUACAGUGUGAAUAACCUUGAAUCCUUUCAAAGAGUGGAGCUUCUGAAGAAAGAAAUUGAUAAGUUCAAAGACAAAAAAGAGGUAGCCAUUGUCGUGUUAGGAAACAAAACUGACCUUUCUGAGCAGAGACAAGUGGACGCCGAAGUGGCACAGCGGUGGGCCAGGAGCGAGAAGGUGCAUCUGUGGGAGGUGACGGUCACAGACCGCAAGACCCUGAUCGAGCCCUUCACCCUGCUAGCCCGCAAACUCUCCCAGCCCCAGAGCAAAGCGAGCUUCCCUCUGCCUGGGAGGAGAAGCAAAGGCAACUCCAGCUCUGAGAACUAAACCCUAGGGUGCACAACUGUCCCUUGAAUGGUGACUGCCUCGAGGUGUCUGUGAACUCAUGUAAAACAGGCCAUUUCUACCUUUGGUCCUUAGGAAGCCCCUAGGGAAGUAAUUUAAUGCACUUUGUUAUAAUUCAGUUACUGUUGCCUGGCAUGAAGUAAUAUAUUUGCAUUCUCGUUUCAGACUUGUCCCUAAAAUGAGCACCUUUGUUAUCUAUAUUAUGUUGCAUUUGUCAAAAGAAUAAAGUUAAAAUUUGGGUGGAAUGCA